UUUAUUAACCCACGAUCCCAAGCCCAAGCCAAGGCCAAGGUCGUUUUGCAAAAAAUGGGGGAAGACGAAGUAAUAUUUGACUCCUAUGAGGAAUUCAAACAAUAUCUCGAUGAGUAUGAGAAGGAGACGAUGAGUCAUUUUAUCACAGUAAAGAAAGAAAAGAAAUUCUCGGAAUCGGAUUACAAGGGAAAGUGUCUUCACUGGAGGGACAGCCCAGAUUUAGACUGCUGCAUUCCAUAUGUCAAUGUUGGUCAGCUGCUGCUAGGGUGCCACCAAGGUAGAGAUAAGAAUAUUGGAAAGAAGGAGCAGUACAAGAAACGUGUUGCAGAGAAAUUGAAAAACAAAAAUGAAGCUGAUAAGAAAAUCCAAAGUCGAUUCCGGACACACGCUACCAAGAAACUUGACUGCCCUGCUGUUAUUAAUCUGAAGAAAAUAGCCAUGUUUCCGGGAUUCAAAGAAGACCUUCAUUGCUCUCCCUGGACGAAGCGGAAGACUGUUUCAGAAUUUCAGCAGAUUGCAAGAAGAGAUCAAGCCAUUGAUGUCCAGUUCAAGUAUGUGGCAAAGUUUCCUGGGUCCAAUGCACACAAGUAUCAUGUACAGGGACAGUUUGCUGGCAUGCGAGAACCCAUAGACCCCUUGGUGAGAAAGAAGGUUGUUGAACUUGUUGGAAACGGUAUCACCAAGGUUGCUGAUAUCCAAAAGGCCAUAAGGGCAUUUGUAGUCGAAGAACUCUUCCCCAAUGAGUCUGCACCCUCCAUGAUCCGUCGAAGGUACUACCCUUCCGCAAGGGAUAUCAAGAACUUGACGUAUGUUGCAAAAAAGAAAGUGAACAGGAACAAGAGGAAAGGAAAGGCUGAAGAAGAGGCUGAAGAAGAAGUGGAACAACCAGAAGAAGAAGCGGAUAAAGUUCAAAGUCCUUCCAUCAAGAACCUGAAAGACUACUCUGAGAGCAAGGUUGUACCAGUUAGCAGUGAUGGAACGCAUCUGACUCAAGAAGACCUGAGCAACAAGAGUGUCCUCUUUUGUCACCAGACCAAAGAACAACAGCGAUUACUGCAGAUCUAUGGCUCCAUGAUUGUCAUGGACAUCGUCUACCGAUCGGCCACCUUCCCUGCAGAUGUCGUCUUCCUCUUCGUACGGACCAAUGUGGACUACCAGCUGGUGGCAGGGUUUGUUGGUGAGGCGGGGACAGCGGAAGCGGUAGAGGAAGGAUUCUUAGUGAUGAAGGAUUGGAAUCCUAAUUGGAAACCAGAGUUCUUUGUCAUGGACCAUAAGGUGGAGAUGAUGGAGAUGAUUAAGAGAGUCUUUCCAGGGUCUGACGUGUUUGUAUCUGACUUCCAUCGUGAGAAGUUAUGGAAGGAGUGGUUUCACCAGCAGGAACCAGACAUGGACCAGUCCCUGAUUGAUAAGACCCUGGACCUGAUCAAGAAGACGGCCCGUGCUCCUACCAGGGACCAGUAUGAAGUGGCACUCAAAGCCUUACAGGGGUGCGAGGGAUGGAUCUCGUCCGUCAAGCUUCAGAGUUGGUUUGCUACCAGCUGGGAAGCAGAGGACAUAACACAUUAUUAUAUUGAUUUAUGGGUGAUGGCCUUCCAGCCAGACAAACUCUGCAUUCUUCUCUCUGCUAUGAAUGGUCCAGACAAGCUCAAUGACAUCCUCAAGGUCAAUUACUUCCAGGGCUUUGCCAUUGAAUCACUCUUAGAUGUCAUUCAGUGCUACAAAGAAGAUGUGGUACCAACAUUUCUCCAGAGGUAUCUUCGGAGCAACAUCCGAUGCUCCAGCAGCUAUGGGAAACUCAACACAGCUCUACCUGCUUACCUCAGAGACCGUCCAUUGGACCUGGUCACCCACAUCAUAGCAAGAUCUCCUGUACCUUCACUACUAACAGACAAUGUUGUGCAACUUGAGAAUGGCACAUUCACUGUCCUCAACGAGAAGGGCCGGCAUCAUUCUGUUGGCUUGGGUAACGAGAUCAUCUUUCCAAGCUGCACCUGCUCUGAUUGGUUGCAGCACUGGUUGCCUUGCAGGCACUUCCUGGCUGUCUUUCACCAUCUUGGAGACGAGAGCUCCUGGCAGCAGCUGUCUCCGCUCUACAGUAGCAAUCCUAUCUUUUCUCUGGAUGAAGAGUGUAUUCUGCAACAGAUGGCGUCACCGGAGACAACGCCCCAUGCCACCAAGGCAGUGGAAGUCAACACCCGGUCAGCACCAAAACAAAGAGCUGCCAAACGUCGCCUUGCAAAGCUUCAUGAAAGUGAUAAGACACUGAAAGCAGUGGUUAGUGGUGUUCUAACAAACGACUCUGUUCAAAUGGUAGAUGUCUCCAAGGAAGAAAAUCAGGUUGCCCGUGAGUUGUUAACUCAGAUGGGAGCAACUCCAUCUGUGAAAAAAAUUGCCGCAAGCGAUGGGGCAGCAAUGGCUAUAGAAAUGGAUGCAUCCAGUCCACCGCUUGCACCACAAAACCCUGAAGAAUCAAGUGCCAGUCAUCAAGAGUCAUCAGGGGAUAAUGUAGAAAUGUGUGACCCUCGUGAAUCCCAAGAGCUUAGUGAAUCAGAUCGUGUUGAAGGGUCUGCUUGCACGAGUCCUAGGAUACCUUGCAAUAGCAGUGAAAGGGAAGAUGAUGCUACUAGUUUACAAACAUUGCAGGAUGGUUGCAGUAGGUACCUUGAGCAGUUGUUACAGGUAACUCCUACUCUCAUGGAAAGGAAAGUCCUACAGAGAGUCUUGAAUCAUUUAGAAUCAGCAUUGAAUGAAGCAACCAAUAGUUUAUGAUACUGUGACAACAGUGUCAUGUUUCACAUAUGAAUUACGACUGCCAUCACGCGUAACGACGAUAGUAACAGUGCUUCGCAGCCAAUCAAAAA